CACUUACUGCUUGCCUAUGGGGGCGCUAUUCCCAGCCCCUCCCCCAAAUGGGUCUGGUUGGGGGCGGGGCACCCCGCAGUCAUCGGCCCCAGGGUCCUGCAGCUCCCAGGGUGGAGCCUCUUUGGAACUGCCCAAGUAGAGCCUGAGCCACGUUUUCUAGGGCUGGGCUGUUUGCAGACAGCGAGGCACAGCUCACAGAGAAGAACUUUGUGCCCCACUCCUGCCAGGACCAGCAUGAGUGAACGCAUGAACACCACUGAAAUCUUCGAUGGCAUCCGCUUCCCAGGGUUCAUACACACUCUGGAGUCCCUGAAAGCGGCUUGUGCCUUCCAGUUCCAGGACACAGACAUCCUCUUGGUGACAUUCCCCAAGUCAGGUACCACAUGGAUGCAGCAGGUACUGAGUCUUAUAUUCUGUAAGGGCCACUUGUGGCCUAUUCACCACCUCCCCAACUGGGCCCGCAUGCCUUGGAUGGAGCAGAUCUCCUUUAGCAGCCUCCUUCCCAAACUUAACAGCUCCUGGCCUCGUCUGCUUACCUCCCACCUGUGUGCCAAGGUGCUGGCCCCAGCUCUGAUGACGUCCAAAGCCAAGGUGGUGUACAUGGCACGGAACCCCAAGGACACCCUCGUUUCCUUCUACCACUUUCACCGAAUAGCUGGCUUCCUGCCUGACCCUGACUCCUUUGAAGAUUUUGUGGAUGAGUUUCUCGAGGGCACAGGCUUCUUCGGAUCCUGGUUUGACCAUGUGAAGGGGUGGCUGGGCCUCCAGAAGGACCUAAAUUUGCUUUUUGUCACCUAUGAGGAGCUGCACCAGGAACCUCGCCGUACCAUCCAGAAGUUAUGUGAAUUCCUGGGGCAACCCCUGGCACCAGAAGAGGAGGAUGUCAUACUGGAACACUGCAGCUUCUCCUUCAUGAGUCAGAGUAGCAUGGUCAACUACAGCCUUAUAUCCAGGGAGAUUAUAGACCAAAACCAGGGCAAGUUCCUGAGGAAAGGUGUUGUUGGAGACUGGAAGGAACACUUUACUCCUGAGCUGAAUGAAAAGUUCAAUGCUGUUUACCAGUCCAAGAUGGGUGACUCUGGCCUCUUCCUCCCCUGGACCAUGGACUGACCAUUCUGACCCAUCUGACCUAUUCACACGUGCCUGUCCUCUUGUCCUCCUCCUGUACUGUGCCCCUGGUCCCGCAAUAAAAGUCCAGGUCCACAA